AUGGCAGCACUACAGCGGCUCAUGACUGAACUAAAUGAUUUGCAAGCAAGCUCUCAGACAUUUUUUUCUGUGAAUACUUAUCAAGGAGAAUACUAUUUAUGGCUCGGAAAUCUCAAUGGGCCAGAAGACACUGCUUUUGAAGGCGGUGUUUUUGAGUUUGUAAUAAAAUUUCCUAAGAAAUACCCAAGCAAGCCUCCCAAAGUAUUUUUCCAGACACCCAUAUUCCACCCAAAUAUUCACCCUGACAGUGGAAGAGUUUGUCAUGCUUUUCUUAAUCAUAUGUGAAACCCAAAUUGCCAUUCCAAGGUUAUCAUUGACUAUCUCAUUGAAUUAUUGAACAGGCCUGAUCCAGAGAAUGGAUUUAUGGGUGAGGCAACUGAUGUUUGCUUAAUAAGCAGAGAAGUCUGGCUUGAUAUAGCAAGAGAAAGAACAUAUGAGGACGCAUAUAGAUAA